AUGGAAGAAGCGUGGUCAUUAACGAAUAAGAUGGAUGAGAAGGAUGUAGUGACUUGGACGACUUUGAUCAAUGGUUAUGUUCUGAAUGGUGAUCCGAGAAGUGCUCUGAUGCUUUGUCACAGGAUGCAAUGUGAAGGAGUGAAACCCAAUUUAGUGAGUAUAGCUUCUCUUCUAUCAGCUUGUGCCAAUUUAGUUUCCAUGAACCCUGCUGACCUCCUUCAGGCAAUGAACAUGCAUUGUUACCUUAUAAAAUCUGGAUUUCUUUAUAGGCUUGAAGUAUCAAGUAUUCUAGUUGAUAUAUACUCGAAGUGUGGAUCUUUGGGAUAUGCUCACCAGAUUUUGGGUACAAUCCCUCUAAGAGAUAAGGAUAUUGUUAUUUGGAGUGCAAUAAUUGCUGCUUAUGGAAAGCAUGGGCAUGGAGAAAUGGCCGUAUCACUUUUCAAUUAG